AUGGAAAUUAGAAUUUCUCACAGAGGAGAAUCCAGUCGCCCCAAUUAUCAGAAGCCGAUACGGGAGUUCACGCAUGAGGACCUCCUCAACAUGGCCAUCGAGCAGGUAGAGAAAUAUUCCGAAGAAGCCAACAAGUUACAAUUAGAAGCCUACCUUGGAAUCACUAGGAGCAUCUACAGAGUCCUCCCGAGGCUCAAGGAAAUCAAUGGCAGCUCGUACGAGCCCAAUAUGGUCUCCAUCGGGCCCUACUACUACAACCUCCGUGAUGAAAAGUUCAAGAUGGCCGAAGAUUACAAGAGGAAGUGCUUAGGCUCCAUGCUGGUUAAGGCAAAAGAGCCACACACCCAGCAUUAUACCUAUUAUGACUGCUUCCAAAGAAUAAGCGAACUUGAAGUGGAUAUCAGAAAGUGUUAUUCUGAAGAGUUCGAAGUCGCAGGUAUUGAUUUUAUUGAAAUGAUGAUUGUUGAUGCUUGUUUUAUAAUAGAAAUCAUUGAUAUGUUUGGACCGAGGAAAGAAGUCGACUCCAGCGAAUCUCUUGCAGCCUUGGGGUGGAUGGUACCGUAUUUCUACAGGGACUUUCUCCUGCUUGAGAAUCAGAUCCCUUUUUUCGUUCUGCAAGAGAUAUAUCAGAUUACCCGUGACCCUCGUGUCAAUCCUGACCAUGGCAUUGAUAGACGAAAUCUGAUAUAUGCUGCUUUGGAAUUCUUUAAGAACGGAAUGAAAAGAUUCGAUUUAGACAUUUUCCGUUUCACUUCAAUGAACGCAACGGAAAAUGAUCCGCCCUUUCAUUUGCUGGACUUGGUUCCGGGUAGUUUAACGCCAUUCGACAAGCAACAGGGACCAGAAUUCCCUACAGAGACUACAUUCAUUCACUGCGUCUCAAAGCUCCGGCUAGCGGGGAUUAAGGUCAGUCCAGUCAAAGCUGACAGUUUCUUAGAAGUGAAAUUCAAGAAAGGUGUGAUUGAGAUGCCAAACAUAGCCAUCAACGACUUGAUGAGAUGUCUGUUGCUGAACUGUGUGGCAUUCGAGCAGUGCCACAAGAGAUGCAAGAACUACUUCACUGUUUACUCUACUUUUUUGGACUGCCUGGUGAACACCAGCGAGGACAUCGAGUACCUUCGCGAGCGCAAUGUCAUUGACAAUUACCUUGGCGACGACUCCGAGGCUGCGGACUUCAUCAACCGUGCGGGCAAGGAUUUGGUACUCAAUGCUGAUAACGGCUUCUAUUUGGGGAAAUUGUUCAAGGAUGUGGACAAGCAUUAUCAGAAUAGGUGGAAGUGGAAGGAGGCGAGCUUCAAGCGGGAGUAUUUUGACAAGCCGUGGUUGAUUCUGUCGGCAGCGGGUGGCAUUUUACUAGUAGCGGCUACGUCAUUCCAGGCCGUAAUGGCCUUCUUAAGUUACAAGUAUAAAAAUUGCUAG